GUAAGUCAUGAAAACCCCAUGAUAAUAUUUCUGCACCUUGACACCAGCAGCGAACAUUGACAGAAAAAAGUUUUAGUCUGAAAAAACACGGUUUCUAUGGCGAUGCUGAGAAUUUGUGCUUAAAGACGCCUUUUAAGUUUUAAAGAUAGAAAAUGGGAUGCAACUGCAGCUCAGAUUAUUCAGAGAGCGACUGGAUCGAGAACCUGGAUGAGAUGUGUGAGCACUGCAACUGUACGGUCCCUCCUCAGAUGUGCAACCAGUACACAGAACAGCUGAUUCCUUAUCCGUCCCAGCCAUCACCCCCGAACAGCCCACUACCAGAAAAUGUUGCAGUGGCCAUGUUCACCUACGAACCCCAACAUGACGAUGACCUGGGAUUUGAGAAAGGAGAAAAACUCAAGAUCAUCAACAAGGAUGACGCAGAGUGGUACAUGGCGCAGUCACUCAUCUCGGGGCGGCAAGGUUAUAUCCCCUUCAACUUUAUAGCGAUGAACACAGUAGAGACUGAGGCAUGGUUUUUUAAGAAUAUAUCUCGUAACGAUGCUAUGAGGCUCCUCCUGGCCCCUGGGAACACGCAGGGGUCCUUUAUGGUCCGGGAAAGUGAAACUAGCCCAGGGUCGUACUCCUUGUCCAUCAGGGACUUGGACCAUAACACAGGAGAGGGAGUUAAGCACUACAGGAUCAGAAACAUGGAUAAUGGAGGCUUCUACAUCACCACCAAGAUCUCCUUCAGCUCUUUGAAGGAGCUGGUCAAGCAUUACUCUCGUGAUUCUGACGGAUUGUGCACCAAACUGGUGAAGCCGUGUCAGUCCCGGGCUCCACAGAAGCCCUGGUGGCAGGAUGAGUGGGAGAUUCCACGAGAGUCCCUGAAGUUGGUGCGUCGACUCGGGGCCGGCCAGUUUGGAGAAGUCUGGAUGGGCAUCUUCAACAAUGAGAGGAAGGUGGCAGUGAAGAAUCUGAAGAUGGGCACCAUGUCUGUGGAAGCUUUCCUGGAUGAAGCCAACAUGAUGAAGAACCUUCAACAUCCUCGGCUGGUCCGACUCUUCGCUGUGGUCACACAGGAACCCAUCUACAUCAUCACGGAAUACAUGGAGAACGGAAGUCUGGUGGAUUAUUUGAAGACAACAGCAGGAAGCUCUUUGUCCAUGAACACGCUGAUAGACAUGUCUUCUCAGGUGGCUGAUGGAAUGGCUUUCCUAGAGGCGAAGAACUACAUUCAUCGUGACCUGAGGGCGGCAAAUAUUUUGGUAUCUCACGAACUCAUCUGUAAAAUCGCUGACUUCGGACUGGCCAGACUCAUUGUGGACAACGAAUACACAGCUAGAGAGGGCGCCAAGUUUCCGAUCAAGUGGACAGCUCCAGAGGCUAUUAACUAUGGGACCUUUUCCAUCAAAUCAGACGUUUGGUCGUUUGGGAUUCUGCUGACGGAAGUUGUGACGUACGGACGCAUUCCAUACCCAGGGAUGUCCAACCCGGAGGUGAUGCAGAACCUGGAGCGUGGCUACAGGAUGCCGAAGCCAGAGAACUGUUCAGAUGGUCUUUACAAUAUCAUGUUACUGUGCUGGAGGGAAAACCCAGAUGACCGGCCCACAUUUGAGUACCUGAGGAGUGUUCUAGAGGACUUCUUCACUGCCACGGAGCGGCAGUACCAAGAUGACCCCUGAGAGAUGCACCAAGAGAGACUAUAAAAUACUAAAGAGCUGGAUGCUGAUUUUAAUACUUAGAUUAACUAUGUAAUAUGCUUUGGCAAUGUUUGCAUUUGAAUAAAUGAAUCUGAAUGUUUGGUACAUAAUAAUGGUCUUGUGUUUUUCAAUAA